AUGAGUCUAUCAGUAGCCCGGCCUUUAGUGUCGGUGUACUCUGAAAAGAGUGAGAAGGUGGCUGAUGCCUCCGUCCCACUCCCAUUCGUCUUCAAGGCGCCAAUCAGGCCUGAUCUGGUCAAUGAUGUCCAUGUCUCUAUGUCCAAGAAUGCAAGACAGCCUUACUCCGUCAGUAAGGAGGCUGGUCACCAAACCAGUGCUGAGUCAUGGGGUACCGGUCGUGCUGUAGCCCGUAUCCCCCGUGUCCGUGGUGGUGGUACCCAUAGAUCCGGUCAAGGUGCGUUCGGUAACAUGUGCCGUGGUGGUCGCAUGUUCGCCCCAACCAAGCCAUGGCGCCGCUGGCACCGUCGCGUGAACCUACGUCAGCGUAGGGCUGCCGCUGCGGCCGCCGUGGCCGCCGCCGGGGUGCCAGCCCUGGUCCAGGCUAGAGGUCACAUCAUUGAAAAGAUCCCCGAGCUACCUUUGGUAGUCUCCGACAAAGUGCAAGAGAUCAACAAAACCAAACAGGCCGUUAUCUUCCUGAGACGUGUCAAGGCCUGGUCUGAUGUUCUUAAGGUAUACAAGUCGCAGCGUCUGCGCGCCGGCAAGGGUAAGAUGCGCAACCGUCGCCGCGUCCAGCGCAAGGGACCCCUCAUCGUCUACCACAAGGACCAGGGUCUGACCAAGGCAUUCCGCAACAUCCCUGGAGUAGAAAUGUUGUGUGUCAACAAACUAAACUUGCUAAAGCUCGCCCCCGGUGGUCAUGUUGGCAGGUUCAUCAUUUGGACCCAGUCUGCUUUCAAAAGGCUCGAUAACCUAUUCGGAUCAUGGAAAACACCGUCCAAGCUAAAGAAGAACUUCAACCUGCCGCAGCCCAAGAUGGCCAACACGGAUCUGUCCAGGUUGCUCAAGUCUGACGAGAUCAAGAAGGUGCUCCGUGCACCCAACAAGCGAGUGGUCCAUGCUACCAGGAAAUUGAACCCGUUGACAAACUCGAGGGCAAUGCUCCGUCUCAACCCAUACGCUGCAGUCCUCAAGAGGAAGGCAGUGUUGGAGCAGCAGAGGAAGAACAAUGCCAGAGCUUUGAUGCUGGCUGAGAAGAGAGGAAUCAAGCUCCCCGAGUCUGACCCAGCAAUGAAAUCCCAGAAACUUCGCGAAAAGAGAGGCAAAUCCAUCAAAUUGGCGCUCUCGAAGAAGCCCAAGAAGCCCGCGGUGAAGAAAACCGCUCCUCCACCCAAGAAGGCUAGAAGGGAAAAGGUUGAGAAAAAGGAAAAGGCUGCGCCUAAAAAG